GUGUUCGUGAUUGGUCAGAAUCUCGUAUCCGUGGAGUUUCAUACAGUUCUUGCUGUGACGUGAGUUUGAGGGCCCCGCAGCGCAGCGUGCGAUCAUGGCGAACAUCAGGAGCGUCAAGGGUAUGGUGGGUUUGGUCACCGGAGGUGGUUCCGGUUUGGGCAGAGCCACAGUAGAGAGGCUACUCAGCCAAGGCGCCAGCGCUGUGAUUCUAGACCUGCCCAGCUCCGAUGGACACAAGGUGGCCACUGCCCUGGGGGACCGCUGUGCAUUUGCUCCAGCUGAUGUAACAUCAGAGUCAGAUGUGCGGGCAGCAGUGGAUUUGGCAAAGGAGAAGUUUGGCCGAUUGGACUUGGCAGUAAACUGUGCUGGCAUUGCUGUAGCUGCAAAGACAUACAACUUCAAAAAGGACGUCCCUCACAGCCUGGAGGACUUCAGUCGGGUUGUCACUGUGAACGUUGCUGGUACCUUUAAUGUGAUAAGGCUGGCUGUAGGGGAGAUGGGCAAGAAUGAACCAGAUGCUGAUGGACACCGAGGCUGCAUCAUCAACACAGCCAGUGUAGCAGCUUUUGAUGGGCAGGUGGGCCAGGCUGCAUACUCUGCUUCUAAAGGAGCUAUUGUGGGGAUGACCCUUCCAAUCGCUCGAGACCUUGCUCCUAUGGGAAUCCGUGUUAUCACCAUUGCUCCAGGUUUAUUCUCCACACCGCUCCUGGCUGGUCUGCCUGAGAAGGUGCGGAACUUUCUGGCCCGGCAGGUGCCUUUCCCCUCUCGUCUGGGCGACCCUGCUGAGUUUGCCCAUCUCGUGACCUCCAUCGCAGAAAACCCCAUGCUCAACGGAGAGGUGAUCCGCUUGGAUGGAGCCAUCCGAAUGCAACCCUGAAGAGAGAGCGGAUGUGUUUAUGUGUUGAAAUGAAGGGGGUCAGUGACAUAGGGCCAGAUGUGAAUAUCAAUUUCAGUAUAGUGCAGCUUUUAUGUCUCAGGAUGACUGUUCCUGUGAUUAAGUGCUGCUGUUUUGUGAAUUUUUUUUUUUUUAAACCACUGAAAAUCUGUAGAUACGUUUUUUUACACUACAGUUAUGGUGUUUAGUUACUAAAUGUACAGACGCUUAUGCUGUAAGGAUGUGGGACUUCUCCCGGGGUGUCUUUCUAAAUCUGCUUCCAUGCCGCGGAGCUGUUGGUGUAGAUGUGCUCUUCAGGCCAGGAGCAGCUCUUAUCCUGGUCUGGGAAGUGCCUGAAAUACAUUUCAAGAUCCUAAUCAGAAUGAAUGUAUUGCUAAAUGGUUUCAUUCAUCCUCGAAUGUCUACUGAGACCUCUUCAACCGAAACAAUAAAAGCAGAUCUAGGUGGAAAGCUGUGCACAAUGCAGUUUAUGAGCAUUAUGUUGAAGUGGAAAAUAAAACAAAGAUGGAAUAAUGCAUCUAAAGUACAUUUGA